UCACCGUAUUGGGUGCGUUCAGAUGGUCAGUCACCUGGAGCCCACCUCCUCCGCGCGCCACCAUGCCCCGUUAUUUAAAGAGCUCCACCAUGAGAUGAACUACCAUCAUAGAGUGUUACACGUAGGGAAGUUUUCGUUUCCAGGAGCAACAUGGAAAGAGUUCGCAGCAACAUGACAGAGUUCUGGAAGGAGCACUCCAAGGACGCCACGAUGGAGGAGAUGAUGCUGGAUUCUCGCGCCAGGGAGCUGACAGAGCAGGAGCUGCCAGAAAUCCUCUCCAUGCUGCCUCCUCUGGACGGGUACCGAGUUCUGGAGCUGGGAGCUGGGAUCGGCCGUUACACCAGCCACCUGCUGACCAUGGCCACCCACGUGACGACUGUGGACUUCAUGGAGAGCUUUGUGGAGAGGAACAGGAGGGACAACGGUCACCAUGGAAAUGCCACCUUUGUUCAGGCUGACGUAACAAAGCUGGCUUUACCUCACCACAGCAUUAACUUCAUCUUCUCCAAUUGGCUGCUGAUGUACCUGAGUGAUGAAGAGCUGACGUGCUGUCUGGAGAAGAUGCUCAACUGGCUGCAGCCUGGAGGUUUUCUCUUCUUCAGAGAGUCCUGCAACCAUCGCUCAGGUGACUGCAAAAGAGACUUCAACCCCACUUGUUAUCGCAGCGAGGCCCAGUACAGUCACUUAGCAACAUCAGCGCAGGUGGAGGCCUCGGAUGGGAGCCAAACGUUUGGUUUCGAAAUUGUGUUUAAAAAGAAAGUUCAGACAUAUGUCGAGAUGAAAAACAAUCCCAAUCAGAUCUGCUGGCUGCUGCAGAAGGUCCCUCGCUCCUCCAGCACAUCAAACAGAUUCAGCACCUUCCAGCAGUUCCUGGACAACCAGCAGUACACCAGACGAGGCAUCCUGCGCUACGAGAAGAUGUUUGGGGCUGGUUAUGUCAGCACAGGGGGACCCAGCACCACCAAGGAAUUUGUGGACCUGCUGAACCUUAAGCCUGGACAGAAGGUUCUAGAUGUCGGUUGUGGUAUUGGUGGAGGAGACUUCUACAUGGCCAAGACCUUUGGGGUGGACGUUCUGGGCUUGGACCUGUCUGACAACAUGGUGGACAUCGCCAUGGAGAGGGCAAGAACUGAGAGGCUGCCAUCAGUGCAGUUUGAGGUAGCUGAUGCCACAAAGAGGACGUUUCCAGAAGGUUCAUUCGAUGUGAUCUACAGCCGAGACACAAUUUUGCAUAUCAAUGAUAAAUUGGCACUUUUCAAGCGUUUCCACUCAUGGUUAAAACCAGGCGGCCAGCUGCUCAUCAGUGACUACUGCUGUGGAGAAAAGCCCUGGACUCCAGCGUUCGAGGCUUACGUCAGACAGAGAGAAUAUGUCCUGUAUACACCGUCAGAGUACGGCAAGUUCCUCCAGCAGGCGGGGUUCUGCAGUGUUCACAUGGAGGAUCGGACAGCCCAGUUCAUCCAGGUGAUCCAGACUGAGCUGCAGAGAGCAGAGGCCAUUAAAGAGGAAUUCAUUCAGGAAUUUUCUGAGGAGGACUAUUUUGCAAUUGUUGACGGCUGGAAAGAAAAGCUGGAACGUUCUAAAACUGGAGACCAGCGAUGGGGACUCUUUCAUGCCAUCAGGAAAUGAAGGACUUUUACAUAAAGUGGAGGAGAGAAUAAAAAAUUAAAGAUUU